ACUCUCUCCGCGACUGAAAUGGGGGUUUUACAGAGGUUUUAGGGUUUGGAAUCGAAAUUCAGAGAUUAACAGAGAUAAGAAAAAUGUCAGCUUCGAUCGCUGGAAGAUCGACAAUUCUGCGCGCGUUUUUCCGAGCAGCGACGUCAACAGCAAGAACAAGAAUUUCAGCAGCGCCAUGCCCUUCGAUUCCGUCCAAUUUCAUGGCUCGUCGCUCCCCUUCCUCAAGGCUGUUGCGGCGUGAAUUGAGCUCUCUUCAACCGCUCCACACUGCCAUUGCGUCCGCUUGCCUUAUCUCCAAGCUCCCCGCCCUGGCCACCUCCUCCGAAGGUAGAUUUGUGAAUUACAUCAGUCCCAUCUAGGAGCGUGUGCAUGCAUAGAUCAAGACUUCUUCUACUGUUCUUGAAUUUGCCGAUAAGUUCCCUUGGAAAGUCAAAAUGCUUGUCUUUCGAGGUUAACUGCUGAACAUGCUUGUUUUGAAUUAAAUAGGAAAUCUUUGGCAUCUCGUGAAAUUCUUCUUGUUUGUUACAUGGUGAAUUCAAUUUAAGAUUCAUGAAUUAGAUGAUGUACUUGGAUUGCUUUGAAGAAAUGUCAAGUUAAACAAUUUGUAUCAGAGUAACAAAUAAAAUACGAGACGAGUUGUCUUUGGACGGUUUGCCUUUGGGAAAAGAAA